AUGAAAUCUCAACUUAUCUUUAUGGCUCUUGCCUCUCUGGUGGCCUCCGCUCCUUUAGAACACCAACAACAACAUCACAAACAUGAAAAGAGAGCUGUGGUGACACAAACCGUUACUGUUGCAGCAGGUCAAACCGCUGCUGCUGGCUCUGCCCAGGCCGUUGUCACCUCCUCUGCUGCGCCAGCAUCGGUCGCUUCCUCUGCAGCAGCAUCGGCUUCUUCCUCCUCUUCCUCUUAUACCAGUGGCGCCUCUGGCGAUCUCUCAAGCUUCAAAGAUGGUACCAUCAAAUGUUCAGAGUUCCCAUCCGGCGACGGUGUCGUCUCCGUCAGUUGGUUAGGAUUUGGAGGAUGGUCUUCCAUCAUGAAUCUCCAAGGUGGGACUUCUGAAUCUUGUGAGAACGGCUACUACUGCUCAUACGCAUGUGAAGCCGGCUACUCCAAGACCCAGUGGCCUUCCAAUCAGCCAUCCGAUGGAAGAUCCGUAGGUGGUUUGUUGUGUAAGGACGGUUUGCUAUACCGAUCCAACACUGCUUUUGACACCCUCUGUGUUCCAGGUAAGGGUACCGCUUCCGUAGAGAACAAUGUUUCCAAAGGUAUCUCUAUCUGCAGAACUGACUACCCUGGUUCCGAAAACAUGUGUGUUCCCACCUGGGUCGAUGCUGGAAACUCCAACACUUUGACCGUUGUCGAUGAAGACAACUACUACGAAUGGCAAGGUCUCAAGACCAGUGCCCAAUACUACGUCAACAACGCUGGUGUCAGCGUUGAAGACGGUUGUAUUUGGGGUGACGAAAGUAGUGGUGUCGGAAACUGGGCUCCUCUAGUUUUGGGUGCCGGAUCUACAGGUGGUUUAACUUACCUAUCUUUGAUCCCCAACCCAAACAACAAGAAGGCUCCCAACUUCAACGUCAAGAUCGUUGCUACUGAUGGGUCCUCCAUCAACGGUGAUUGUAAAUACGAGAACGGUAUCUUCGUUGGUAGUUCAACUGAUGGUUGUACUGUCACUGUUACCUCUGGUAGUGCCAAACUUGUGUUUUACUAA